AUGAAAGUAGUGGCUCUCGUUAGUGGUGGCAAGGACAGUUGCCUUAACAUGCUUCAUUGUGUAGCAAAUGGUCAUCAAAUAGUCGCAUUAGCUAAUUUAAGACCACCUUCACAUUCCGACAAAGAUGAAUUAGAUAGCCAUCUUUACCAAACCGUUGGUCACGAUGCAAUACCACAUUACGCUUCAUGCAUGAACCUUCCCUUAUACCGUCGGUCAAUUACCGGCUCUUCGCUCAUUCGAUCUCCUUUCUAUCGCGUUACUCAAGGGGAUGAGACUGAAGAUCUAUACGAGCUAUUAAAAGAGGUGAAAGAACAUCAUCCUGACGUUCAGGGUGUGUCCGUUGGCGCGAUAUUAUCUAACUAUCAACGCAUUCGUGUUGAGCAUGUGUGUGAUAGGUUAGGAUUGACAUCUCUUGCUUACCUUUGGAGAAGAGAUCAGAAGGAAUUAUUGGACGAAAUGAUUGAACUUGGUCUCGAGGCUGUUUUGAUCAAAGUUGCCGCCAUUGGACUAGAACCCUCGCAUCUCGGCAAGUCAAUUAGAGAUAUGCGCUCAUCUUUAAUUGAAUUGAACGAGAAAUAUGGUAUCAAUGUGUGCGGUGAAGGUGGGGAAUACGAGACACUGACAGUCGAUUGUCCGUUGUUUGUAAAGAGACUCAUAAUUGCGGACACUGAGACUGUGACUCAUUCUGAUGACGCAUUUGCUACUGUUGCGUAUCUUAGAUUGAAGAAGGUGUUGGUUCAGGAUAAGCCACCAAAUCGUGUGGAUGUUGAGUCAAUCAUUAAGAGGCCAUCAUGGCAGAACAGUAUCGAGCAUAUCUUAGCAAGUGCUAGCUCUGUCCAUAUACAAGAUCCUAAACCGUCUACCGUACCGGUUAUCGACAAUGACAUAAAAGAUCAAUCAAAUAGAGAUAUGGCCGUUGCUUCACGCUCCAGGUCGCCAUUCCAUUUUAUAUCAGGAGUAACAGCGUAUGAUAAUAAUAUGGUAGUAAAUGGUUGCACCAUAGAAGAAGAGACGAGAUCAUGCAUGAAUAACAUAAAAGGUUAUCUGGAUAAACUAGAUUUGUCCUUUGCUGACAUAGUUAGUAUGAAUGUGGUCAUCAGUGAUAUGAAUGAUUUUGGCAGAGUGAACGCUGUAUAUAAGACGUACUUUGAUAUCAAACCAGCAACAAGAGCUUGCGUUGCUGUCAACUUACCACAUCCAGUUAGGAUUCAGGUUGAUCUUGUUGCUAUCAAAAAUGUAUCACCUGAAGAAAGAGAAACUAUGCACGUACAAAGUCUAUCAUAUUGGGCACCUGCAAACGUGGGACCAUAUUCUCAAGCCAUCAUAUCUCAGAAUCAUGCAUUCAUAGCAGGUCAAAUCGGUCUCAUCCCGUCCAGCUUGCAACUCCCCCCUUCACUCCAGUCUCAAUCUGCAUUGUCCUUGCAUAACCUACAGAGCAUUACAACCGCCCUUAAUCUCAAUCUUAAGCAGAGGGUUUUGUUGUGUUUGUGUUAUGUUGAUGAAGAGAAAUCUAUUGGUGCGGUUAAAAGGAUGUGGGAGUAUUUCUGCAAUGAGGACAACGGUGAUAGUAAUUUGAGACCAUCUCCAGUAUUGUAUUUGGUCGUGCCGGUUAUUCCAAAAAAUGGAAAGGUUGAGUGGCAUGCGACCGUGGAUGAUGGAAAGGACACUGGAGUGGCGGGAUGCAAAGACGUUGUUGACGUUGCCCCUGGGGUUAAAGCCACCGUGGCCACGCGAGUUAUCGGAUCCACACUAAGCAGCGUAGUUAGAAUUGCUACGAACAAAUCAGAAAUCCAGAUGUCUCUCAUUGUGGAAAGUAUUGUGAACAGUCUCUCUAAUAUUAUUUCAGCGUAUGAGAAGAUAAACCCGUCAUGUGGAUGGAAUAACCUAUUAUCCGCGCGAAUAUUCUAUAAAGAGAGCGUGUUCAAGGAGAAUAAGAGUCAGUUGCAGAGAGGUUUGGAUACCGCUUUAAAGAGCAAAACGGAGUUGGAUACCAUUCCGGCCAUUUCUUACGUUCCUGUAAUUUCAAUUGACAAUGAUGGAAGUAUCCUUGGUAUAGCCAUUCACGGUGUGUAA